GAGUAACUAUGGUAACCAACUUGCACGUUUAGCCAAUCACGAGCUAGUCUUUUCAGCAUAGGUUCUCCAUAGAGACGCGCGACGCCAUCUUGACUUAAGAAGUUCCAUUUUUCAUACGCAGCUGGCGCGCGCUCUGCACAGUAAACAUCGGCGAUAUGAGCAGUCAAAGCUCCCGAAAUGAUUCAGCUGCCACUGUCAACGGCUCGGAAACUACGGUCUCUGGGAGGGAUCGAAAGCCAGGUGGAAGUGUUUUAAAAAGGCUGAAAUCGCGAAAAAAUCAGACAGAUAGACGGCCUGUUACGGAGGAUGAACUACGGGCACUGGGGAAAGACAUUACUCCAGACGGUGUCCUCGGGCUUCGCUCUGUCACCCGUGACUACCUCUGCAAGCCAGAAGACAACCUCUACAACAUUGACUUCAUACGCUUCAAGAUAAGAGAUCUGGAAACCAAUACAGUGCUCUUUGAGAUUGCCAAACCUCAAAACUGUGACGUAUUGGAUGAGGAUGAUGAAAAUGGAGAGGUUGAUUCCAGUGCAGGGCGUUUUGUGCGUUAUCAGUUCACUCCAGCAUUCCUUAGGCUGCGCACUGUUGGAGCCACCGUGGAGUUUACGGUGGGAGACCAGGCAGUGCAAAACUUCCGGAUGAUUGAGAGACACUAUUUCCAGGAUCGUCUGCUGAAGAGUUUUGACUUCGACUUCGGAUUCUGCAUCCCCAGCAGCCGUAACACGUGUGAGCACAUCUACGAGUUCCCACAGCUCCCAGAGGACAUGAUCCGUCAGAUGGUUGAGCAUCCAUAUGAGACCAGGUCAGACAGCUUCUACUUUGUGGACAACAAACUCAUCAUGCACAACAAAGCAGAUUACGCCUACAAUGGAGGUCAGUAGUGUCUGGAGACUGUGGAGCAGAAAGCAUUUGGCGUGCGUGGUGUGGACAUCCAGGAGGACCUGUUCCACACACACACACACCAUCUGCAACACCCCCCACUCCCCAACACCCAGCUCGGAUUGGACUCUUGCCUCUGCCCGUUGCUCCUUGACGAGUCACCUUAAGAGGACCAACCUUCUGCCUUUCAAAGAUGUUUCCGUUAUUGUUUUUAUAGCAAGAAAAUAACCUCUUCUCUCUGUCUUUAUGAUUCCUACACAUGGAUGUUUGGUGUCGUCAUACACAAUUUAUAAUGCCUUUUCCCCCUGAUUUUUUUUCUGUGUGCAAGUCAGGUUAUACCACAUUCCAACUUGUGUUUGUGUGUGUGUGCGGGUCCAGUCUGAAUCAUGCUUUUACUCUCUGGGAUGAGGCUUUGUGCAUGACAUGACUGCCAGCAUGAUUCAGUGGUUUUCCCAGUGAAAGAGGGAUGUAGACGAACCCCCCACACCACCAACUGUAGCAGUCAGAUGAUUCAAGGAGAGAAAGUGACACAGAGAUAGUUGAUGGUUAACCCAUAGCAUUCUCAGCCUUUUGAAGCAAAGCCUAGUUAGAGUUGAGUGAACUUUUCCCCAGAGGGUAACUAAUGGCUCAGUCUGUACCCUGGUCUACUUCCUGAAGCCAGACUACACUCUGAACUUAUGCAGACCCUGAGAUAGAACCACAUCUUUUGUAGAAGAAGGGAAAAAAAACACAAAAUUUCAAGGCUGGUGUUUAACACGCAUAGAAGGAUAUUCUUUAUGUUUGGUUCAUAGCUCUGUGUACGGCUCCAAAUGUAAUGUGGACCACUCCUUUAUGACUUAAGGACACACGUUUCCAGCUUGUAGUGCAGGUUUGCACUUCUGUGACUCCUGCCAUGGGGUUUUCUGGUGCUGUGGAUCAUCGGAAUCAGCUGAAGACCUUGUGUGUGUGUGUGUGUGUGUGCGUGUGCGUGUGCGUGUGCGUGUGCG